AUGAACCUCUAUGGUACCGGCAUUGAAAAUUUAUCUUUUUUGUCUGACACGCCUAACUUUCAAGAAAGAAAAAAAAAUAUUGAUAAUUCCCAAAGAAUUAAAGAGCCAAAGCAACAGUUAGCUAGUGUCCAACAAGAAGUUCAAGAUUUGCAAAGCCAGAAACAGCAAACUAUCAAUGAUCAACAAAGUCCGUUAAACCAACUUCAACAAUUGUCCAAUAUAACCUUUCCUAAUAGUCCUGCAAAAGUGGAAGCUUACCAGACCAUUCUUAUGAACAAUUUAGCCGAAGAAGAGCUUCAAAAACUAUUAAACAAACAGACAGAAGUCCUGAAAUUAGAAGAGCAUAUAGAAAGAUCAAGAUAUCCAAAUCAAAAUGCUAUUAUAAAUUUUGAAGAAUUGGAAAAAGUAUUUUCUAAUGUUUCUGUUGCGAAAGAAUGGUAUAAAAAUCCUUUCCCCAUGAGGAAAAAUUUUCAAUUGGUCAAACGAGGGGAAAUCGAACCUUUUUUUGAUGGUCGACAAUGUCGUAAAAGGUACAAAAAGUUUUGGGAUGGAGUUGAAUAUGAUCCGGAAGUUAUAAAAUUUCAGAGUACUCAAACGUCAAGAGCCGGUGCGUCGUUGAUGUCCUUCAGUGAAGGAUUAUUCAAUGGUUACGGACCAUUAGACACUUGUAAAAGUCAACCUAUUUAUUAUUGGAAUCUACCACGGGAACAAGACGAUACAUUAAGUAUGUUCACCUCCUGUCAACGCUGGAACGAGACUGUUAAUACUAAUAAUCCAUCACGUGACGAACAAAUCUAUUUAUAUGGUAACAAGACUCUUGCACCAAUUGCCAAGAGAAUUUCCAAAGAUUAUCAUAUUAGUCCACCUCUUGAUCCACUUCUAGUACCAUUUAUGUUUACUAAUUGCCAAUACUGGCUCACUGUUUAUAAUCGAACCGAUGCAUGGUGUUCUUUAUUGAGUCCUAAAGAACUUUUAUUAUCACGAUAUUAUUGGGAUCUGGACUUUUAUUAUCGAUUAUCAUAUGGUAGCCCACUUAAUUUACAGAUAGGUUGUAGAUAUAUUACUCAACUUGUUAAUGGAGUUGAAGGUUAUUUGUACGGGAAUUCUACCGUGAUAGCUGAUCUAAAAAAUGCUCAUGGUUUUUCUAUGACGAUGAUACUUACUACUCUCGGGUUAUUUAAAAAUGAAUAUCCACUCACGGGAAAUUUAACCUUUGAACAAAUUCAAAACCUCGAAUAUACAGAAUAUAAGAUCAUACACUGGUCUUCUACGAUUUAUUUCGAAAUUUAUAAAUGUUCCGGUAAUCACGUAUAUAUACGAAUAUUACUUGAUUUUAAACCGUUUUAUAUUCCGGGUUGUGGGGAAUAUUGUGAGUGGAACAAAUUUAAAAAGAUUCUUGGUGAUAAGAUUGGGUGCGACUACGAGAAGUUAUGCGCUUAUCCUUGA